GACCGCGGCGUCGCUAUCUGUCUCAUCCUCGGACAGAUGAGUGACUGACUUUACCUGCCAGGGACAAACAGUGGUUUCAGUGCCAUUUUUUUCACAGUCUGUGAUACCCGUGUUUGGGUUUGCAACAUCUUCAGCUUCACCUGUUAUUCACGUCGAAUGUCAAACAAAUAGCCUGGGCUACAAAAACAAUACGCAACAACGAGGGAAAGUUAUCGUUGGCAACCCGAACUUCUGGCUGGACAUUUGACAGUUUCUCAGAAGAUUUGUCUUAAUUCGAUUUACUUUUACCAGACUGACUUUUGAUGAGUACUGCCUCGUCUCGAAUAAAUCAGAGACAAACAAUGGCAUUGAUGAACUGUCAAGAUAUCAAAUUAGCCUUUUGAAACAAGAUGGAUAGAAUUGUUCAACUUCUAUAGAUAGGCAGGUUUUCCCCCAAUUAUGAACAGCAAACCAUCGCCAAGGACUUGUAUUCUUCAUUUUAUAUUGUAUGCCUUCUGUUCAUGAAAAUAGAAAUGUUUUGUUUCUUCAAACCCCGAGGAUAUUCCAGGACCAGGACUGGGUCCAGAAAUGGGACAAUAUCCCGACACUCCUCCAACUCAACCUCAAGGCUAUACUUUACCUUUAUUCUGCUGCUUCUCAUCUUCACGCCUAGAGUGGAUUCUUCCUGGUGGUACAUUGGAGCCCUGGGUGCACGGGUGAUCUGUGACAACAUUCCAGGCCUGGUGAACAAGCAGCGCCAGCUGUGCCAGCGCCACCCGGACCUCAUGCAGUCUAUUGGGGAGGGUGCCAAGGAGUGGAUCCGCGAGUGCCAGCACCAGUUCCGCCACCAUCGCUGGAACUGCAGCACGCUGGACCGAGACCACACCGUCUUUGGCAGGGUCAUGCUGCGCAGUAGCCGGGAGGCAGCAUUUGUGUACGCCAUCUCCUCGGCAGGCGUGGUCUAUGCAAUUACUAGGGCCUGCAGCCAGGGGGACCUCAAGAUCUGCAGCUGCGACGCCCAAAAGCGGGGCCAGGCUAGUGACGACAGGGGCGAAUUUGACUGGGGCGGCUGCAGCGACAACAUCAACUAUGGCAUCAAGUUCACCAAGACCUUUGUUGAUGCCAGAGAAAAGAUGGUGAAGGAUGCUCGGGCACUGAUGAAUCUACACAACAACCGCUGUGGACGAAUGGCAGUGAAGCGCUUUAUGAAACUGGAGUGCAAGUGUCAUGGCGUCAGCGGCUCCUGUGCCCUCAGAACCUGCUGGCUGGCCAUGUCGGACUUCCGGAGGACCGGGGACUACCUCCGCAAGAAGUACAACACGGCCAUCGAGGUGACCAUGAACCAGGAUGGCACCGGGUUCAUGGUGGCUGACAAGGACUUCAAGGGAACCACCAAGAAUGAGCUGGUGUAUGUAGAAAAGUCCCCUGACUACUGCCUCAUGGACAGAGCAGCAGGCUCCCUGGGAACGGCAGGGAGAGUCUGCAACAAGUCUUCUAGAGGCACAGACAGCUGCGAGGUCAUGUGUUGCGGACGGGGCUACGACACAAUGCGCGCCAAGCGAGUCACCAAGUGCGAGUGCAAGUUCAAGUGGUGUUGCGCCGUGGAGUGUAAGGACUGUGAGAACACUGUGGACGUUCACACCUGUAAGCCCCACAGGCGACCCGAUUGGCUGGACCAAACCAGACGCUGAGGCCCAUUCUUUAAAAGGACGUAGUAGUGGUCAACUGCAUUGUGGGAUAUGUAUUUCCUACUCCUGACUCCUUACGCACUCCUUUCGGACCUCCAUUACCUCUGACAUCCCCUUCUGAAGUGACAUCCUAAAGAACCUUUCCCAAGGCGCCGUAUCCCAACUUGGUUUGGAUGGUGCAGUGCUGUAUGGGACUGUUCGGUGGGAAGGCUUUCUAAGAGAAUGUUUGGGCUGGGAGAGGGGAUAGUUCCUAUUUAUGUUUUUGUUUGUUUGAGUUGAUUGUGUGCUGCUUCCAAGGUGCUGAGGACACUAUUUUUCUACAGACAUUCAUUCACACAGUAUCUGUUGUGGAAAUGCAGAACAGGACAUUGUACUGUGAGCACACCAGAGAUUGAGUUAGGAUUGUUGGCUGGUGUAUGUGUUGUUGUUUUUUUGCUUUGUUUGCUAUGUUAUCUCUAAAUCUGUGAUCACUUUGUUCAGUGUUUCAUUGGCCUUACAAUAGAAAGAGAUGAAGAACUGAAAUUGUACUCUGCUUGAUAUAAUGGAAAGACUGCAUGUAUUCAGUUGUUAGGAGUAAAAAAUUAUAUUUAAAACAGGAGGACUUGCCCUCAUGCCUUACCCUACUGGUAAAGUGCAUUGGGAUGGAUGUACAGCAGAAAGUCUAACGAUCAACGUUUACCGCGGGCCAGAAAGCUGCUCUAUAGACACUAAUGUAAAGUACCAGUCAAAACAUUUAGACACACCUACUCAUUCAAUGGUUUUUCUUUAUUUGGACAAUUUUCUACAUUGUAGAAUAAUAGUGAAGACAUCAAAACUAUUAAAUAACACAUAUGGAAUCAUGUAGUAACCAAAAAGGUUUUAAACAAAUCUAAAUAUAUUUUAUAUUUGAGUUACCACCUUUUGCCUUGAUGAUAGCUUUGCACACUCUUGCCAUUCUCUCAACCAGCUUCACCUGGAAUGCUUUUCCAACAGUCUUGAAGGAGUUCCCACAUAUGCUGAGCACUUGUUGUCUGCUUUUCCUUCACUCUGCGGUUCAACUCAUCCCAAACCAUCUCAAUUGGGUUGAGGUCUGGUGAUUGUGGAGGCCAGGUCAUCUGAUGCAGCAGCUCCAUCACUCUCCACCUAAUGGUCAAAUAUCCCUUACACAGCCUGGAGGUGUGUUGGGUCACUGUCCUGUUGAAAAACAAAUGAUAGUCCCGCUAAACGCAAAUCAGAUAGAAUGGCGUAUCACUGCAGAAUGAUGUGGUAGCCAUGCUGGUUAAGUGUGCCUUCAAUUCUAAAUGAAUCACAGACAGCAUCACCAGUAAAGCACCCCCACACCUCCUUCUCCAUGAUUCAUGGUGGGAACCAUACAUGCAGCGAUAAUCCGUUCACCUACUCUGCGUCUCACAAAGACACGGCGAAUGGAACCAAAAAUCUCAAAUUUGGACUCAUCAGACCAAAGGACAGAUUUCCACCGGUCUAAUUGCUCGUGUUUCUUGGCCCAAGCAAGUCUCAUCUUAUCAUUGGUGUCCUUUAGUAGUGGUUUCUUUUCAGCAAUUCGACUAUGAAGGCCUGAUUCACACAGUCUCCUCUGAACAGUUGAUGUUCACAUGUGUCUGUUACUUGAACUCUGUGAAGCAUUUAUUUGGGCUGCAAUUUCUGAAGCUGGUAACGCCAAUGAACUUAUCAUCUGCAGCAGAGGUAACUCUGGGUCUUCCUUUCCUGUGGUGGUCCUCGUGAGAGCCAGUUUCAUCAUAGCGCUUGAUGGUCUUUGCAACUGCACGGAUUGACUGACCUUCAUGUCUUAAACUCAUGGACUCUUUGAUUAUUUGAACUGUUCUUGCCAUAAUAUGGACUUGGUCUUUUACCAAAUUGGGCUAUCUUCUGUAUACCACCUCUACCUUGUCACAACACAACUGAUUGGCUCAAACGCAUUAAGGAGAGAAAUUCCACAAAUUAACAUUUAACAAGGCACACCUGUUAAUUGAACUGCAUUCCAGGUGACUACCUCUUCAAGCUAGUUGAGAGAAUGCCAAGAGUGUGCA